AGGCCUACAGAGACCCACGUGUUCUGCAUCAACCCCCCCAAAAUUUCUCUAUUAAUAUUUUUACCCACUAUGUCAUCCCUCGACCCAAGUGUUGUUUGGCUUGUUCAACGGCAUGGUGGCUUUGGGCACAGCGAGAUGGGGAGGCAGGAGGCGGGGACAAGUGUGUGAUGGGCAGGUGGUGGCAGUGCAACAGCUGAUGGUGGUGGUGGUGGUGGAGGUGGAUGAGAGGCCGGCGCCCGCCAUACCCACCACCCUGCCCACCCUACCCACGCCGCUGCCCCUGCCCCACGCUCCUGUCUGUUAUCCCCGCCUCAAGUCAUGUGUGUUCCAGGUGACAGGGAGUAGGCAGCUGAUGCAUCAUGGCUGGAGGAGUGACUGAAUUUGUGCAGGGGUGGAAUGUGGCCCAAACCUUGGGUGAAGGAGCCUUUGGAGAGGUGAAGCUGCUGAUUAACCAGGAAACUGGUGAGGCAGUGGCUAUGAAGAUUGUGGACUUGGCUAAACAUCCAGAUGCCAUUGAUGCUGUCAGGAAAGAGAUGUGCCUCCACCGCAUGCUGAAGAACCCACACAUCAUUAAAUUCUAUGGCAGCCGACGAGAGAACUCCACACAGUACAUGUUCCUUGAGUAUGCUGCUGGAGGGGAAUUGUUUGAUCGCAUAGAGCCUGACAUUGGCAUGCCACCUCACCAGGCCCAAACGUACUUCAGGGAACUUAUUGCUGGAGUGGAAUAUCUGCAUAGCCGUGGUGUGUCCCAUAGAGAUCUGAAACCAGAAAAUCUAUUGCUGGAUGAAAAUGACCGUCUAAAAAUCACUGAUUUUGGAAUGGCAACUCUAUUUAGACAUCAAGGAAAGGAAAGGAACUUAGAUCGGCAGUGUGGCACCAAGCCAUACAUGGCUCCAGAAGUGUUAUUACGACCCUACAGUGCUGAGCCUGCAGACAUCUGGUCGUGUGGCAUUGUGCUUGUGGCUCUCCUGGCAGGAGAAUUGCCAUGGGAUGAACCUACAUUUUCAUGUACUGAGUAUACUGCCUGGAAAGACAAGGACUGUAGACUGUUUACUACAACUCCAUGGACGAAGAUCGAUAAUUUGGCUCUCUCACUUUUAAGGAAGGUUCUAAAUACAGUACCAAAGCACAGAGCUACAAUAAACCAAGUGAAAUCUCAUCAGUGGUUCACAAAGAACUUCCAAAAAAAUACAGAACUGAUGCAAAAUGCUACACCUGAAAGCAUGACUCCAAGCCACAAACGAAUCUGCAGUGAGGUUGAGCAAGCAAACUCUGCCUUUUCAGUUGAUGAUAUGUCCACUCGGUGGACGUGUUCACAGCCAGAACCUCCAAGUGCUCCAGUCUUAAAUGCACUGCUUGAUGGUGGCAACCUAGAACCAGGUGUGGUAAGUUUCUCUCAGCCUGCCAAACCUGAGCAGCUGCUACUCUCCUCACAAAUGACCCAAGGAACACAGGCUAGCCAGACACCACUACAGCGACUGGUGAAACGCAUGACAAGGAUGUUGGUUAAGACAUCAUUAGAAGACACUGUAACACAUCUCGAAGCUGUGUUUAACAAGCUGAAUUAUUCACAUCGUUGUCACACUGCUAAUGUUAUAACUGUCACAACAGUAGAUCGCCGUGGGGCACAACUGGUACUCAAGGCAAGCAUCUUGGACAUGGCACAGUAUAUUCUCCUGGACUUCAGGUUAUCCAAGGGCUGUGGGCUGGAUUUCAAGCGUCAUUUUCUGCGAAUUAAGGAAGGUUUAUCUCACAUAAUAGUGAAAGGACCAGUCACCUGGAAUAUGGCAAUGGCCACCAACAUGCUUCCUGCUUGAAUGUCUUGGAUCCCAACUAUAGUUACCAAAGGUUGCUUGGGACCUUGCUGGUAUUUCUAAUGCAGAGGUAAUUGCCCUUCAGUAUUAUGUUUAAGGCUGACAUUCACUUUCAUUUGCUUUCUAAAACUAUUAUUAUAUUAUUAUUAUUAUCUUCUUUUAUGAAAUUCGUGUAUAAAAGCUUUAGUUACCUGGAAUACGGCAGUGGCUUCUCACAUACGUCCUGCUUGAAUUUCUUGUGUCUUAAUUAUAGUGACUGAAAGUUGAUUGGGAUGCCAGUAUGUCUUUAUUCAGUGGUAAUUAACCCUUCAGUAUCAUGGCUAUGGUGAACAUUUAAUCUAUUUUUAAAACUUUUUCUUUAACAAUUGACAUAAAACUUUUACAGGAUUCCAUUAUAUUUAGUUUGUUGUGGUAGGUCUUUUUCAUCUUGUAUGACAGGUUUUGUUUUGGUAGAAGUCCAUUUCUUUUACUUCUAAGUGAGCCAAUUCCAAGGCUUUAAAAAGGUGAUUGUGAAUGAAGUAGAAUGUACAAGUAGUUCAGGUUAUCAUUCUUCAGUAGUAGUUACAUUGUUGAGGCUACAAGAAUUAGCUUUUUAUUUUCUUUAUUACCAAUGUAAUGUAAUGUGUAGGUACCCAUCGCUACUGUGUGCUGCAGUUGUAAGAGUGUCCUUGUCAAAUCUAGGUCACUCUCUACUCUUGCAGGCAGAAUUCUAGUCUUUCAAUGGUGGGUGCUUGCACAGAUUUUGAACAAUUCACAAAUUCAUUUGUAUCUUUAGAAUAUUUCUUUAUCCUCUCAAAAACUAAUAAACAUUACUUUUCAUU